AUGGAAAAUAGGAAAACCAGUAAUUGGGUGUUUAUGACUGGUUUUGUUCUGUGGGACAUAAUUCUUACAGACGAAGAGAUUCUCAAGAGUACUAAGACUUGCGAUGGAACGAACGGAAACCCCGUAGUAAAAUGGGAAGAUUUCUACCCGUUGGCUGAGUCAAAUGCCGCGGAUUUUGUGUUGAAACCAUCAACAUGCCAGGCUCUUAAGUAACUCUUGCGACAUCAUUAAUAUUAGCGCAAAUGUAAUCACCAUAAAAAGCCAAUGUGCGAGAUACCAGACCUUGUAAAAACAAUUAAAGCUAUUAACCCUUGGAGCUUUGGUGUUCAAAUUUUCCUUCUUUUUCUAUUUAAUGGAUUUUUUUUCCUUUAUUUAUCCGUUUCUGUAUUUUGUUUAUGUAUGUGCGCGUUAAUCUACUUUCGGCAGUCACGUUUUUUGCUGAUAGUCAGCAAGUUGAUGCCCUCUUACUGGGAAACAAGGUUAAAUGAGCUACCGGCAGAAAUUUUUUAAAAGGAGUAGUCAUUGCGCAAGGUAGAUGCGAAGGAAGGCAGAGAAAACCUCAAGGAGGAUACUUAGGAAGGACUCCAGUUGCUUGAUCAAAAAUAUUUGCUGACACGUAAAGGAUGGCUGAUUAAAAGAUGGAAAAUCAGCGGAAGCCCACUAGAAAAUGGGGGGCACACCAACCUUGAUAACUCGCAUGCUUGGCAAGUGCGAUCUCCAGCUCUCAUGGAUUAUUUAAAAGUCCGUUUUGCUGUGCAGUUCGCCGGUAAGCCUCGCAAGGCAUCCAUUUACGUUUCCUAUGAAAGUCAAUUGAGCUAAUUAAGCAUCUCAACUUAGAAUGAAUCAGACAAAGCAAAUGUAUGAAUGAUGUUCAUCGCAUUGCUGACAUAAUGAGGCUUAAAAAUUUUUUUCGAAACAGACAAAAAAGCGGCGUUGGGUGACACGGAGAAACAGAUUCCAUCGUGCUUUUAAAAUUAACUGACCGCAUAUAUCCAUUUGUUUUGAAAAUGAAACACCAAACAAAUUGGCGCUUUUCAGAGCAUAUUAAUUUCAUCAAAUUGUAGAUUCAGUGGAACUCAGUUCAAUGAAGUGCAAAGCAAGGCGACGUGCCAUAUUGCAAAGCAUCCAGAAGUAAGCCCUAUAUGUACAUGUUCCUUCCUUGGAUUUGCUCAGACGAAAUAUAUUUUUCUAACCUCCCAAUAAAGGACCAUUUUGUUCCAUUUGAUGCAUGAAUGUAAUCAAAGUGAAAAAUAGUAAGAAAUAAAGACAAUUUGAGAUUGAGGGCUGAGAACGAAUUGUUUUAGCCAGACGUACAUGUCCGACCGUUUAGUCCUCAAACAUCUUUGUUCCUAAUACGUCCUUAUAGUUUAACACAAUUUCACCCACAGAAAUUAAAACGCAGAUCGUACAAUAAUUUUAGGAAGCUGCAUUGCUUUGGAUAUUCUCCCACUUUUGUCAAACCGACACUUUAACGAUUGCUUAAGUUAGUUUGAUUUUUUGAACGCAAUCCACUAAUUAUUGCGGUACAAUAUAAAGACCAGUCCUGAGAAAAACAUACGCUGAAAAGUCCGGUCACGACCGAAGCUGUCAUUAUGUAAUUUAACUACGUCACAGUGCGCGCGGCAUGUAAUUGAAACAACAACAAUAAAGAAAGAAGACGUUACGUUUACUCGUCUUAUUUUGUCGUUACAACAUUAACAGUUGUAACAUUGGUGCCGUGACCAGCGCGAACAAGAUAUAAUGAGCGAAGAAGAAAUAAAGAAAUUGAGAUCCAUCCGAGGAGCAUACAAGGGACACUGCACCCAAGAUUUCAAAAGAGCGGAAAAACUAAUAACUUCGGAGACUCCAGAUCAAGCAGAAUUGGAGGCGCUGGUGGACAGGCUCACGCGAAGAGCCGAAGAAAUAGCACGCAUGGAUGCAAAAAUCGUGAUGUCCUUGGAGACAGAAGAGGACAUACAACUAGACACAGAAACGGCGUUGUCGUUCCAAGACGACGUAUCAUACUAGCAAUUCAAAAUCGGACGACUCCUUAAGAGCAAACAAGACACGCCGGUGAGCCAAUUCCAUUAUAGUAGUUUAAAACAAGAACCCGCUCCACGAAUGCAUAUCAAUUUACCUAAAAUAGACAUAAAAUCAUUCGGGGGAGACCCACUUCAAUGGCUCACAUUCUGGGACAGCUUUAGCGCAGCUAUCGAUAAAAAUCACGGACUAAGCGAUAUUGAAAAAAUGAAUAACUUAAAUGGAAUGCUUAAGGGAGAAGUGGCGCGCGCUAUCUCUGGACUGCCACUGACUGACGAAAAUUAUAAAAAAGCAAUUGAGCUAUUAAAGGAGCGCUUCGGCAAACCACAAAUUUUGACGAACGCUUACAUGGAGUCCUUAUCCAAGAUCGACGCGCCACCAGCUGACACCAAAAAUCUCAGAACGUUUUGCGACACCUGCGAGGCAAACAUUCGCGGUUUAGAGGCACUUGGAGUAAAAACGGAAACUUAUGGAAGCUUAUUGAUUCCCAUUCUUCUAAAGAAAAUACCCGAAGAAAUUCGGUACUCAAUAUUCAGAGCUGACCCUUCAGCGGACAGUUCCCUAGACAGAUUGAGAAUCGCCAUGCGACAGGAAAUCGAAACUCGCGAGAAGGGCCAUAUGUCCUCUCCAAAACCAACCACAGAGGACGAAGUGCUUGUGCCAACAGCUGGUGCGCUACUAACCGGUACACAACAACGACACGGAACUUACAACGCCAAACAAAAGACACCUAGGUCUUACACGUACUGUGCAGGAACACAUCGACCUGAAAAGUGCGACAAGAUUAAAACAGUAGAGGAACGACGAUCCCUACUUCAGCGCCAACAGCGCUGCCUUAACUGUCUUGGUCUCUACCACACAAAAAUCCAAUGUUUCUCAAAGGGGCUAUGUAUGAAAUGUAAGAAAAAACACCACACUUCAAUUUGUGAUGAAAACCAAGAAAAUACAACCCAAAGCGCUUCUAGUCAACUAAAGGAAGACAAAGGGCCGAAGAAUGAUCACCUAUCAGCGGAUUCCGUGUCGAAGAACAGAACCCACAUGGGAGCAACGCAUGUACUCCCUUCUAAAGCUCAUAUCCUGAUGCAAUCCGCCGUUACGAAAAUAAGUGGAAACAAUAAACAGUACUAUCAAGCUCGCAUCCUAUUUGACACAGGAUCACAAAGAACCUUUAUCACUCAGGAGAUGAAACACAAACUUAA